GAGAGCAAAGCGACACGGCGGGACUUUCUUAUAAAAACGCGAACUUGCCGUAGGAAGUAAAAUUUUCUCUUAGAAAAGAAAGAAAUAUUAGAAGAUCGCAUUGAAUGUAAAUCAUGCCCGCAGUCGCCAUUUAACAUUCUGUUGCUUUUUUUAAAUGCUUCAGUGCGUACUGAUUUCGAUAGGCUAACAGCUAAAGCUAAAUCACUUAACUUAUUAUUGAAACCUUACCAUAACGUUUCUAGGUUGAUGAAAAUAAGCCGCUAAUGACAUUGAAUGACUGCUAGCUAGCAGUAAAGGUAGAGUUCACCUGAAUACACAAUGAACUUAAUUCUUAUUAGCACAAGUGAAGGCUCUAACAUUACACCCAACAAGUAUUGGUGUGGUACCUUGAUGUGACUGUAAGCUAAAUUCAUAAAGCUGAAAAUGCCUAAUAUGUAACAUACACUUAUAGCUAAUCCAGACUUUGUUAUGAACGGUGGACUGUUGUGUGCUUCUGUGUGGAGAUACUGGCAGUCACACCUUUAUAGAAACUGUUCACCAUUCUGUCAGGGUGAAAAUGUCAUUUUAAUGAUCUUGUUUAGGAGAUAAAACAAUCUAUUAAGAGUUAAAGAUGGAGUCCCUUACCCCAAAUACUGAGGUUCGUCUAGCGGUGGCCCAGUGUUUCCGCACCCUCACUGCAUCCACAGAUAAAAAAGACAUUAUCACCGCUCUUCAAACACUCCACUCUUACUUGGAUGAAGGACCAGAGAGUAGAGCCACUUCGGUUCACCGGGAAGAGUUCAGGAAAUGUCACUUCACUCGAACCCUUCAGUUCCUCGUCAACAACAUCCAGGCCGACUGGUCACACAGCCUCACAGCAGCCCAGCGCGCAGAGCUGUGGGAUGGCCUGUUCCUCAAAGGCCCUCCGGAGCAGGCGCUGCUGGUGCUGAUGGAGGGAAUAGGAGAGCUAAGAUCCAGCACAAAUCUGAACCACUUGGUCGGCAUCACGGAGAGGUUCCUUCAGAGUGGUCGGCUCGCUGACCUGCUGUGGUCUUACUGUCAGAAGGCAGGUCCCUCCGACUCUCCCCAGCUCCGAGAGACUCUGCUGGGACGUAUUGUGGCACUGCCGGACCUCACCUCCAACAGGCUACAUCUGAACAACAAGCCCCUUUUUCUCCCUCAGCAGUACUACCCACUGCUGGCCACAGAGAUGCUCACUGCCCUGGAGCGGACCUGCCAAGCGCUCAAAGAAGGCACAGACUGCUCCUUGACUUUUGUGGCUCAGACACUUGGAAAAGUGUGCAUCCAGGGCCAUAGUGAUCUGGUGCUGGCGGUCAUGGCUCCCCGGCUGUCUGUCUGCACACGCUCAGACAUGGUGUGGCAGAGGAUUUGCUGGAAGUUGCUGGAAAGCGUUCCACAGCGUUGGGUGGAGAGUGUGCUCACUGGACUGGUGCAGGCUGUCAGUGGGCCUGGUGCCUUGGCCAGGAUCAUUGGGAAUCUAGUCUUAAGGAAUAAAAAGGCCCAGUUUGUCAUCACCCAUAAACUGCUGCUAUUACAGUACAAGUAUGGGACUCAAGUCUUAAGAAUUGUUCUGGGGUACCUCGCAGCAGACAGGGAGCGAAGGCCGCUGCUCAUUCAGGUGUUACGGUCUGUGUCCCAGGCCUGGGCUAACCCCAGUGCAGUGAAGCACACACCUCUAGAGCAGCAGCUGUAUGUCAGCAAGGCCUUACUGCUGAGUGUGAGUCUGCUGAAAGACUCUGAGCUACAGGAGCUGCGCUCAGACUUACUCCAGUGCAUGCUGGGCGGCAUGCAGAGCCACCUGGACAGCAGCGUGGUGCGUAUCAGGCAUAUGGGCAUGGUGGUGGGAGAGUGCCUGAGCUCUCGCAUUGAUAUCAAUGGAACCAAGCUCACAUUCGAGUACGAUCAGGAUGAGGAAACUCGAGAGCUGCUUUCUCUGAUGACUCCUCUUACUGAUGAUGAGCUAGAGGCUGAGCCAGUGAACAGAGUUGAUGUUCCUCAAGAGACAAAUGAAACAACUAAAAACAAGUCUCCUCAGAAUGAAUCAUCUCAAAAUAAGUCAGAACCUCAGCCAGACUCUGACCUGGACAGCGAUGAUGAGCUCACUCCGUACGACAUGUCUGGCGAUCAGGAAAUAAGUGAAGCCUCUCCACCCCGCUACCUACGAGACUGUCUGGAAACUUUGAUUUCCUCUGAGGACCCGGUGCGUGUGGAGCUCAGUUUGAGGGCCGUUGAGGGUUUAGUGAGGAAGAACGUCUUUGCAGCCAGAGAGAUCAGUGUCCAGCUGACCAAAGUGCUUCUUCACUUGGAGGAUAAAUACAGCAUAAAUGGCUUCCUGAGUCUCAGACAGGCAACCAUGGUGGCGCUCAUUGUCACUGACUGUAUUCCUGUGACUCAGUAUUUGAGCACAGAGUUUUACUCCUUGAACUACAGUCUUCGUCAGCGGCUCGAUAUCUUGGAGGUCCUUGCUCUGGCAGCGCAGGAGCUCUCUAAGCCAAUCACUAAGAAGAGAGAUCCAUCUGUGGGUAUCGCUGCCAGCACUGAUGUGACUCCAUACCCUGGUGACAACCCUGUUCACUGGCGACAGGAAGUAGAGAAGCGGAUUCAAAGCAAGACAAAACGCCUCAGGAAGGGGGCCACACACCCUCCAGCUCAGGCCACCCCUAACCGUUACGCCCCCGUGGCUGGACACUUCUUUUUUCCUUUGCUUAGGAAUUUUGACAAGCCUCAGGUGACCUUUGACCUGUUGGGCAGUGACCACCUGGUACUGGGCAGGUUGAUCCACACCUUGGGCCUCUUCAUGCAUCUGGCAGUCAAUGCACCGAUAGCUGCACAGAUGGGUCGUGCUUUACUGGACUUUGUCUGGGCGGUGCGCUACCAUGUUGACCAGAUGGUGAGACGAGGCGUCCUCUUUGCUGUUUGCUCUGUGUUUCUGAGCAUAAACAGCCAGAAUCUGCUAGUUGACCUCAGCGAUCAGCUGUUUGAGACCAGAACUUGGCUGGCAGAUGUGGCUGAAGGAGAUCCUGAUGCAGAUUGCCGGAGUCUGGCUAUACAGAGUCUGGUGCUGCUGGAUAAGAGCCUGAAGAAACAGCUACAAGAUCAACAAGCACUGGGUCUGGAGUCAUGAUCAUGGCAUCAACAAUAAACAGUGAAACCGUGAACGUGUCCCCACCUGGUCCUCACAGAGCCUGGAGAUUUGGAGUGUUGAGGUCGAUGGAAAGGAUGUUCCGGAUAUUUGCUGGCAGAGAGGCUGGCCUUUUUUGGGCUCGGUUGGCCAAUUUCUCUCAUAUCCUGCAACACACAGCCGACCAGCAGGCACGUGUCUUCUCACAUGUUUGCGAAUGUCUUUCUGCACACCUAAAUUAUGCACACACACACAUUUCAAUACACAGUAUUGUUUAGAUCAACACAUUGUGUAUAAUGUGUGAACCAGAUUAAAUAUUGAUUGAAUGGAGAAUAGGAUGCCAUUUUUGUCUACCAAUAAAAUGCAUGUUAUGAGGAUAUCCUUUUCAACCUCUUUCCUGUACUGGCACAUCUCUCUGUACUUUGCUUGUUUGUUUGCAAAGGACAUCCUGUGAAUAUGAAGCAGCAUGCACGCAUUCGCAAGUAAUGGAAAUACUACUACUACUUCCUCUUGUGACAGAAAUGUUCAUUUGUAUGUUCCCAAACAAUGAAAC